AUGGAAACUAAUUAAUAAAAUGUAAAGCAAAAUUCAUAAUUUUCAUUAUCUUCGUCCUCCUCGUCUGAUGAAAAUAAAAAGCAAGGUGAGAAGAUGUCUUAAGAAUAAUGUUAGUAAGGAGAGGAAUAAUAAAACAAUAAUAUAAAUUUUAAUGACCAAUCUAAGUAGUUCCAAAAUGAUAUAUUUUAAAAUAAUGACAAGAUUUCAAAUAAUCAUCAAUUCUAAUAGUCACAUCAAACAAAUGAAAACCAGUAAUUAAGUGGCAAUGAUUAAUAACCAUAUAUUUUUAAUAAUAAACCAUAUACCUAGCAAUACAGGGAUCUAUUUAACAACUAUGAUGCCUACAAAAUACCUCCAGACUUUGUAAAAGCUGAUCAGCAUAGGUUGGCGAACACAGUAGGACCAGAAAAAGAUAUUAAUCAGAUUAAAGAAAAUGAAAAUAUAGAGUAUUGCGAGUGUUGUGCUAGAUAAAUUUAGAGAAAUUAAUUAUCUUUGAAAUGCAACAUUUACGAGCUCAGUUUUCUAGGGUGCGGUUUUCCGCUUUAUUUUUAUUUUUUGAAGUAGUGCAUGAUAAUGCUUUCUAUAUGUUUAUUUGUUUGUGGUAUUUUUAAUAUAAUAACUAAUAUUAUUGGUUCAGAGCCUUGCACAAAACAAUAGGAAUCGUAAUAGAAUAAUGCUUCAUCAUCAAAUGAGGCUAUAUGUGUAUAGGGAGGCUAUUUCAGCAUUUUUGCGUUAGGGAGAAAGCAAGACUAAGACACUUUUAUGCAGAUUCAAGGCUAUUUAAAUUUAACUUCAAUGAUAGCCAUGAUGAUAUUUCUACAGUUUUUUAGAAAAUUGUAAAGGGAAUUAGCUUAUAAAUGUGAUGACGAAGACAUUGCAGCUAAUGAUUACACAAUCAUGAUAAAAAACAUUCCAAAAGAUUUUGAUGCAAUAAAUGAUGACUAUGAUGAUGAUAUAAAGGAGUUUUUUGAGAAAAACUCUCUAUAAGAAAAACGAGUGGAGGUGAUUUCAGUUACUCUCUGCUAUAAUCUGACUGAAAUAACUGCUCUAUAAAAUCAAAAGGAAAAACUUAUUCAAUAAAAAAAGAAAUGUCUUACAACGAUAUAUAAAACUUAAAAUUAAAUAGAUUCAUAUGACUAUUCAAAGGAUAAAUUAUCAAGAUAAAUUACAGAGAAAGAAGCUUAGUCUUAAAAUGAAGCCAUUUAAAAGCAAAACUCAAUAAAAUUAAAAGUAGGUAUAGAGUUAGGAUAAACAGAAAGUUAAAACGAUCAAAUAAAGAGAGAAACUUUUGAUGAAAAUUUAGAUGUAAAUAAAUAGCUUGAAAUAUAGGAAAAAAAUAAAUCCAAUUAAAAUAUGUUUUAAAGUCUUAAUGGAAGCCCAUUACAGUCUAAUGUGAGAAAAGAUUAUCUUUAAUUUUUAACCAAACACUAUUCAAAUUCUAUUGAUUAAUCUAAUGUUGAUAUUCCUGCUGCUUCAGACAUGCCUUAAGAUAUUGCUGAAAAAUCUGAAAAAAAUCUAAAAAUAAAAUUUAAAGGAAGUAAAUCGAUUGAAAUGCAAAUAAAAAGAUUAAAAGAAUAGCUUUUAGAAGAGGAAAAAAACCUAAAAAUCAUAGAAAAACAGAUUUCAUAUUUAGAUAAGCAACAUUAAGAUCUGACCUAAAAGCUCAUGCAAGGCUAAGGAAAGGAGUUUAUGAAAAAAUAUUUUACAGGCAAAGCUUUGGUGUGCUUUAAAUAUGAAUAAGAUAAAGAAGAAAUCAUUAAUAGAUACAAAGCAAUAGGUAUUUCUCAAAAAAUUAUAUCAAGGGAAAAAAAUUUAGCAGAGAAUUAGAUGAUUUACCAUGGUAAUAAAUUAACAAUUAUAUAAGCUCCAGACCCUAAUGAUAUAAAUUGGAUGAAUUUACAUGUUUCAAAUAAAGAAAAGAUUAAAAGGAGGCUUAUUGGGUUUUUCUUAUCAAUUGUUACUUUGUGCAUUUGUGCAUCAGCAAUAUAUGCUUUUCAUGUAUUCUAAUAAUCUUAAGUUUAAGGAAAUAAAGAAUCUUCUAAUACAGUAAAAAUUCAAAUUAUCACUUAUGCUCUAGCUAUUCUGAUCAAUGUUUAUAACUUUAUUUUGUGUGUAAUACUACAAAUUAUCAAUAGAUAUUGUAAAAAUUCUACUAGAACUAAAGAUAAUAUUUUUCUUUCAAAAAGUCUCUCAACAGCAAGAUUUAUAAACUCUGCUAUUGUAGGUUUUAUUAUUUAGUUGUACGUUUCCAAAAAAUCAACUAAGUAAGAAAUUCUCUUUGGUCAAGGUGGACUUGCCGAUGAUGCUAAUUAUUUUAUGAUUACAAACUGUAUUUUACCUACUAUAGCUCAAGUAGUCAAUGUUGAGUAUUACAUAUAGGCUUUUCUCAGAAAAAUUGAGGAAAAAAAAGGAAAUUAAUCAGUUAAGACACAAGAAGAACUAAAUUUAAUUUCUGAAAAUCCUCAGUUCCCUAUUGAAGAAAGAUAUGCUUAGCUUUUAACCACUAUGUUCACAACAGCUUUUUAUUGUCCUAUUGUUCCUAUAACGAUAAUUUGGUCUCUCAUCUGUUUUAUUCUCUAAUAUUGGAUUGAUAAGUACAAUUUAAUCUACAGAAGCUCAGUUAAGUAUAAUAUGAGUUCAGAAUUAAGCUUAGAGAUGACUGAGCAUUUGGAAUACUUUUUACCAAUUUAAUGUCUUUCUACAUUAAUUUUUUACCAAUAUGCAAAUGGCGGUGAAUUUGGACUUUCUUCUAUAUUAGGAACAGUUUUAGGAUUUUUGCAUGCUUUCUUACCUAUGCAAGAAAUAAAUGAAAGGUUUUUUAAUGUUAAAAACCCAUAAGCAAAUACGAUAGAUUAUGAAAGUGCAUAGAAAUACUUUAUAACUGAUUACAAUAGAGAAAACCCAAUUUACAAAAUGCAAGCUAGACAAAACCAUGUCUUAAAUAUGAGUAUGAAAGUUAGUGUUUAAAAAGAUUCUUUGAGAAGAUGUGGUUUUAAUUUAGGCCAUCAAUUACUUGAAGACAGCAUACAAUCUAAAAAUUCUCAAACUCCGUAGUAAAGAUAAAGCAUUUUUAGUCCUUAAUUUGUUAUCACUUAAGAAAAUGAAAAUCGCUUUUCUCAUUUCUUAAAACACAAUGAAGAAUCAGAGAAAUUUUCUUCUAAUUUUGAUGGUAAAUAAUAAAAUCCGUUUUAAAAACUCGAGGAAAAAAUAUAUCAUAAAAGCUCAUCAUAUAAGAAAUGUCAAAUUUAACAAAAUAUUAAGUCUGAUAAGAAUGAUACCAAUUUUGGAAUAGCUGAUCAUGAUUAAUCAUCUGUAUCCCUGAAUUUCAAAACUUAAUAAUAAAACAAUAAGGCUUUUAUUUUUCCAUCAAAAUCAUACACUAUCAAUAAAUAAAACAUUUAGUUUACCCUUAAGAUUAAGCCAUUCAUGCUUAAAUUACCGUAGAAAUCAAAUGAAACAGAAUCUAGUGAAUAGUAGCCGUAAAAAAAAUAGAAUAAAAUAAACAAUUUACCAUAAAGUAGGCAUAUUAACAGUAAAAGUAUGUGUUUACCUACUGAUUUAAGAAUUAUAUCCAAACACAGUAAAAAUAGUUUGAGUUUUGGUUCUAAAUAUGAUACUUUUGCUUAAACAUUUACUAAACCAAAUUAAUAACAAUUGAACACAGCAGGAAAUUUUGAAAAAUUAGGAUAAAACAUGCAUUUAUAAUUCAAUUUUAACUAUAAAGACUUUCCACUUAAAUACAAAGAAGAUCAUAUAUUGGAUUAAUAAAUAGAAGAUGCUAUCAAAAUCACAGAGUGA